AUGAACCCUCUUCGUCCCACUCUCGGCCUCGCUUCGUCGCUCAAGACGCUCCGGUUCCCCACCCGGCAAUUCGGUCAACUCAAGCCGUACCAUACCACUCAAUUCGCCCGUUCGACACCCAUCGCAUCAUGGUCUCGAAGACUCACAGCCGUCGGUCUGGGCAGUGCAGCAGGUCUGAGCUUGUUUGCUCUCAGCCCUGGGUCGAGCAAAUUCUCCCCCAUCCGGGUCGCUGAAUGCGAAUCCUACCCUAUCCGAGCGCAGCCUUCGUCGGACGAUCUCCCUUCUCAAUCCAUUCUCUCCCCGUACCAACUCUCCUUUGGCGCCAUCUGCGGUAUCUGCGCCGGUAUCUUUGUGAAAAAGGGAGCCAAGCUCGUAGCCUUUACUUUUGGAGCGCUCUACGUCCUCAUGCAGUACGCAUCGUCCCGCUCGAUCAUCAACGUAAACUGGAACAAGCUCGGAUCCCGUUACGAAGCCCUCUUUGGUAGCAAGACUGCCGAGGGCAAAGUGGCCGCUCCUACCAUUGACGGCGUCUAUCGAUGGAUGGUCGACUUUUUGACUGCCAACUUCCAGCAACGGGCGAGCUUCAUCGCCGGAUUUGCUCUCGGGAUCAGGCUCGGUUAA